AUGAUAGAGCUUCAAUCGUCUAGGUAUCACAGAUUAAUACUAAACAUCCAGAGAAAUAACCUCCUUCCACUUUCAUUUGCUUCUGCGUCUACUAAUAAACAUAAGAUAUUGGACUUUUACUCAACUGGACUUAUUAAAGAAAAAAUUUCACAUAAAAUUGUCAGCUCCUUUGAAAUCUGUGAUCCUUGCUUCUUUACUGCUUUCAGAGACGCCGUCAUGGAAGGACGGAAAUAUGUAUUUGACCAAUUAUUUAAAAAAUACGUCGACACCCCUUUUUGUGGGAAGUCAAAAUUUGUCAACAUUUUUGUUACAGAGUGUUAUCUUAAAUCAAAAGAAAAAGGACUUGAAAAAGGUAUGUCUGUACUGUUAAUAGAAUUGUUUAAUUUUGUACUCAACUGCAUGUUUCUUUCGGGGUGUGAAAUAUUUUUUAAGGUUCCUUGUUUCUCACUUAAUGCGCCUGACAAACACUUCAAUGAAAUAGCAACAUGUAGCUGUCAAAAUUUGUGUCUUUCAACUCUUUUUGUAUAA